GUCGUGGUGCGCAAAUGUGCUGCCCCGUCACACUGCUCGACGUGCCGUCCCGUCGCACGCUCAGCGUCGCAUUGCUCGACGUCGUGUUGUUUGGCGCGCUGAUGCUGCUCAGCGUCGAGGCGCCGGUUGCUCAGGUGCCGUCCCCCGACGUGGCGCUCAUUGCACGGUUCGCCUCGCUCGGAGAUGUUAGGCUGUUGGUGUUGGGUCGCGCCGUCCUGCUCGGCGUCAUGGUGCUUAUUUCUUUCGCGCUGCUCAGUGCCGAAGUGCUGGUCGCCAUUAUUUUGCUUUUAGACGAGUUGCUAGAAGCACUGUUCGUCUCACUCUUGACUGUGAGGCUGUUGGUGCUAGAUCCCGUCGAGCUGCUCAACGUGAUGGUGCUCGCUUUCGUCGUGCUGCACUGUGUGCCGGAGCUGGUGCUGGGCGUAUUGCUCAAAGGCAUGAUGGUCGUUGCAUUGCUCGUCACUCUCGUAGAUGUGAGGCUGUUGCUGGUGCUGGUCAUGGACGUUCUGCCUGGAGACGUGGUGCUUGAUGCACUGUUCGUCUCACUCUUAGGCGCGAUGCUCGUUGUACUGCUCGGCUCACUCCUAGAUGUGAGGCUGCUGAUCCUGGAUCCCGUCUUGAUGCCCGACGCCGUGAUGUCUGGUCCCGCCGUACUGUUCAGUGUGAAGGUGCCGGUCCCUGCCUUGCUGCUGGAAACGUUGUGCUCGCUGCACUGUUUGCCCCGCUUCGUAAAUGUGAGGCUAUUGGUGUUGGAUCUCAUCGUACUGGUCAGCGUCGUGGCGCUCAGCGCCGUCGCGUUGCUCAGUGUCGGGGUGCUGGUCACCGACGUGCUACUGUUAGAAGCACUGCUCGUCUCACUCGUAGGUGGGAGGCUGCUGAUGCUGGAUCCCGUCAUUGUGCACAUCUUGGUGGUGCUCCCCUCUGUCGAGCUGUCUGGUGUCACGGAGUUGGUCCCAGACGUUCUGCUCAGAGUCAUGGUGUUCGUUGCACUACUGCCCUUACUCAUAGAUGUGGGGCUGCUGGUGCUGGAUCCCGUCGUACUGCUCAGCGUCGUGGUGAUCAGCUCCAUCGCAUUGCGCGGUGUCGAGGUGCAGGUCACGUACGCUCUGUUGGAACACGAGGUGUUCGAUGCAUUGUUCGUCUCACUCGCAGGUGCAAGGCUGCUGGUGCUGGAUCCCGCCGUGCUGCUUGACGUCGUAACGCUCGACUUCGUCGUGCUGCACAGUGCCACGAUUGUCCCAGACGUGCUGCUCGAAGGCGUGAUGCUCAUUUUUCUGCAUUUCUCAAUCGUUGAUGUGAGGCUGCUGGUGCUGGAUCCCGUCUUGACGCGCGACGCCGUGAUGCUUGGUCACGCCGUACUUCUCAGUGUCAAGGUGCUGGUCCCUGCUGGGUUGCAGAAAGCCGUGGUGCUCUCUGCAUUGAUCGUCCCACUUGUAAAUGUGAGGCUAUCGGUUCUGGAUUCCAUCGCACUCCUCAGCGUCGUGGCGUUCAGCGCCGUCGCGUUGAUCAGUGUCGGGGUGCUGGUCACCGACGUGCUGCCGAAAGACAUGGUGUUCGAAGCACUGCUCGUCUCACUCGUAGGUGUGAGGCUGCUGAUGCUAGAUCCCGUCGUUGUGCACAUCGUGGCGGUGCUCGACGCUGUCGUGCUGCCCAGCGUUACGGAGUUGGUCCCGGACGUAUUGUUCAAAGCCAUGGUGCUCGUUGCACUGCUUGUCACACUCGUAGAUGUGAGGCUGCUGGUGCUGGAUCCCGUCGUACUGCUCAGCGUCGUGGUGCUCAGCUUCGUCGCGUUGCUCGGUGUCGAGGCGCUGGUGACAGACGUGCUGGUGCAAGACGUGGUGUUCGGUGCACUGCUCGUCUCUCUCGGCGUGAGGCUGCUGGUGCUGGAUCCCGUAGCUCUGCAUAGCGUGGUGGUUUUUGACUCCGUCAAGUUGCACGGG